AUGUUUAUAACAAAUAUUUUAUUUAAAAAAGUUAAAGCCAAAAAUGUUAUGGUGGUUUUACAAAGCACUGGAAGCAAUCAUAAAUUAAUAUCACUUAGAGAAAGAACCGCCGGUAAAAAAGAAGUUAUUCGUUUUGAUCCUUUAAUCGAUAUGGAAUGUGUUUAUAAGGAAUUUAAAAAAAUUAGGAGUAUGAAACGUAAUAUAACGUUAAAUAGUGAUAAACAUGAAUAUUAUCAUAAAGAACCAAAUUAA